AUGUUGUUGGUCUGGAAAAAGGAUUUUCAGCGGAGACUCUGGAAGUCACCGUCAACACGUGCUCCAUGGGCGAGGAGGGAGACUGAGAUCAAUUUCAUCAAUGGUUCUUGGAGUCGAAUGGGUCGUAAAGUUGGGGUGAAGAUACCUGUUAAUGACCAAUUGGUGAAGCAAAUACUUGAAAAGUGCUCGAGUUAUUGA